UCCUUCCAGUAAGAAUGAAGUAGUAAGCCGCCGAUAUCCGUUCCUUUCCGUGCCAACCUCUAGAGUCUACGUCCCGCAGAGACAACGGAACCGACUUAGCCAAGCCAGUAUCUGCAUCGAAAUCUAUUGCAUGAGCUCAGAGUAGCUCUUAGUUUCAGUAGCCCACUUCCAACAGAGCGACCACGUGAGGUGGUUUACCAGCAUAUGCCGAUCACUGUACGAUCGGAGACUGACUGACUUCAUCCAAGACAAGUGCAGCAGCGACACCAUCGUCGACUUUACCUUGCUCGAGGACUAAGCGCAGACGCAAUGCACACACUCAUUUUCCCUUCUGUUGGGGUGCAACUGCUCAGCUGCUUGGUUUUUUUCUUCGGCGUAGCAACUCUCACCCACUGCUUGUCACGAAGGACUCUUACCGAAGACCUGACAACGUGGAAAAUUGUCGUCCGGAUUCCGUGGCCCCGCCUGUGUAUUUUGCUCAUUUUCUUGGAUUCGUGGCUAUUUCUCUUUUCCAGUGGUGUCCUCACGUUUGGUGUUGGCCUGGAAACGCAUCCAACGAUUUGUGCCGUGGCAAUAUAUAUCUGCGUAUUCUUUUAUUCUACUUCAAAGCUCCUUGUUUACUGUUUCCUCAUCGAGAAAGUACAUGUUGUCUGGUCGCCUUCAGGGGGUGCACGCCGUUUGCAAUCGAAAGUCUAUAUUCUCUGCGCUAUCACAGUGGGACUGUAUACUGUUGCUAUUGCCGUGAUGAUCAUUGGGAGAGUCACUUUCUUGAGAGAACACGAUCAGGUCUGUAUCAUAGGUUUGAAGCCUUUCUCUUCAAUAUUUUUGUUGGCGUAUGAUUUAUACAUUACUGUUUUCCUUACGACACUGUUUCUGUGGCCUAUCCUUCGAUCGAGUGUGGCGAAUCCCCGCAUCAAAAUGGUUGCGAUCAGAACGUUAAUUGCCGCCGUGGUCGCUCUUGCGACAUCUAUUGUCAACAUGGCAGCACUGACCUCUUUUCGCGGACAUGAACUAGGAUGGGUAUGUCUCUGUAGCUGUGGAGCGGAUGUCAUUUUCAAUGCAGUAGCUCUCUUCUGGGUGACCAGCGGUUCUCUUAGUAAAAUCAGCGGGUCCUCUCAAAGCCCAACCAGAGGAGCUGAUCCCAGACGGCCGGCGGAGAUGCGCGCCAGGGCUUCCUCUGUCGUCGUCGUCGGUCCCAACUCGCCCAUCAAGUCCUCCUUUUCACAGAAGACGACUUUCGACGAGCGCCGACCCAGCGUCUCUGUUGACCUCCCUUCAGCCCCGGCUUCAAUUAUGUCCUUCAAUACAACAUCUUCGCCUGCUUUCGAUGAACCUUAUUUUUCUCGAUCCUUUCAGCUGCCAUCACCUCCUUUCAGGACCGCGACAGGAUCUAUGCCAACGACCUCGUCCGAGAUUCCUGAGUGCCAUGAACUACAGGUCACUAUGUCAACUGAAUACGAAGCGGAUGCGGAUUAUGUUAGAUAGAUAUAGGUUCUACAAAUGGAAUUUUAUUAUAGGGUACAUCCAUUAUUCCACUUUCCUCUGUGAUUGUUGUUUUUUUCUUCCUCAAAUAGUAUCAUCGUAUACUUCAAGAGCUGGCGCAUGAAGCUAAUUUUUACACGUAAU